GUGCGGCCGCCCUCGCGGGCCUGGCCACGCCCCCUCGCCGGCGGCGCUCGGGGGCCUUCCGUGCGCAUUGAUAUGAUUGGCCGGCGGAGAGUGGUUCUCUUUUCCUCCCCGGCUGCUUGAAGCUAGGCCGCCAUCAUGAACGACACAGUAACUAUCCGGACCAGGAAGUUCAUGACUAACCGACUGCUUCAGCGGAAACAGAUGGUCAUUGAUGUUCUUCACCCCGGAAAGGCAACAGUACCUAAGACAGAAAUUCGGGAAAAACUAGCCAAAAUGUACAAGACCACACCAGACGUCAUAUUUGUGUUUGGAUUCAGAACCCAUUUUGGUGGUGGCAAGACAACCGGCUUUGGCAUGAUAUAUGAUUCCUUGGAUUAUGCAAAGAAAAAUGAACCCAAACACAGACUUGCAAGACAUGGCCUGUAUGAGAAGAAAAAGACAUCAAGAAAACAGCGAAAGGAACGCAAGAACAGAAUGAAGAAAGUCAGGGGGACUGCAAAAGCCAAUGUUGGUGCUGGCAAAAAGAAGGUAACGUGUUUUGAGACGCUACAUGAUGUAGUAUCUUAACACCUCACUAGAGUAGCUUUGCCCACCCUUUGUCAGCUCACAGAUCAGCACAACACAGGGGCCACAUCGGUUCAGUGAUCCUAGUGGGCACCUUGGAAGCCCUGUCAGGAAAAGUGUCCAUUUUACUGCGAAUUGGUUUGGACUGUUAAAGGGGAAGAGUAAACUUACUUGUUUAAAACAGAUAACUUGUUUAAGAAGCAGUUGAAUCAAUGUGGCCCGUGUUUCCCUGGCAUGCUGGAGAGGCAGGUGGGAUCUCACUUGCUUUCCUCUCCAGUUAGCCAAGACUUAAGUGAUUUUAAUGAUAAGCAGCUUUUUACCAGCUUUGCUAGCUAACUGUAAAUAAUAGUUGAAUGGAAUUAAGGUGUUGGGUUGUUAAAUUAACAAAUAAUCAAGUGUUCUGUGAACUUUUUUUUUUUUUUUUGCCUUUUCCCUCUACUUUCUUGGAUUUCUUGUUCAUCAGAAAUGAAGUGUCUAGCAGGUACUGAGAUUGUGAGCACGGUGUGGGGAUGCAUCACCUUCACUGAGUUUGCUUUGAUGCUUUGCAUGUUGGCUUUUGGACAACAAGAGUUUUAUGUAGUAUGAUCUCUUAUAUUUGUUUUAAAAUGGCGUAUUAUAAGGAAGGGAGAGAAACUUUUAAUCACGUUUAUUUUGGAAAUUCAAAAAUGCAUGUUAUGUUGCGAAGUGACCUGGUGGAGGAAGGUGGGUACUCUACUGAGUAGGCAUCUUUUAACUUGUACUUGGGAAAUGCUGUGUCCCAGAGUUACAUACCCAGGAAACGGCUUUAGUUAACACAGGGCUUGGGAAGGGGCCUCAUUUUGUCAUCAGCAGUCUUUCCCUUGGGGACCCCAGGGACUGGUCGAUUUCUUUGGCAGCUCUGGUAAUAAACUGGUCUAGGAAAUCUGGCAGAGUCUCUGUUCAGGAAGUGUUCGAUCAAAGCUGCCUUUUACCGUUACAUUGCUUUUUAUUGAUCUCUAAUUUUUCAUCUGAUGUCCAUUUUUCUUUCCAUUGAAAAAAUUCCAAGGUAAUUGUAUAUUCACACCAAAGCCUCUGAUAAAUAUGCUUUUUUCAUAAGUUUUUGGUCAGAAUGGUCUACUACCCCAUGUUAAAUACAUUUUUGCACAUUUGAGCAGCCUAAACCAGCAUGUAAGGUGGGCUUAGUAGAGGGGUUGGGGGUUCGUAGGGUUUUGAAACACUGGUAGUCACUGCCCCUGUGUGCUUCCUCUAACAGUGACUCCCUGCCAGGCAGUAGAUCUGGGUAUGCCUGCCCAGGCCUCCAAUCACAUUGUCUUUCCAGCCACAGAGUUCUAGUAAUGGAUGAACUGCCAGAGGAACUACUUGCUGCUUAGAACUGCUCCUUGUUUGUGAGGCGGCUUAUACCUAUCAACAGAAGUUGCCGAGGUUGCAAAAAAGAUUCAGUCAGUGGACUGAUCUAGAACCAAGGAUGUUUAACCCAUUCUUGUCUUCAUUCGGUCUUUGGGCCCCAUAUGUUUGUGCUCGUUAGUGUUCGCCGGUGACGUGUGGAGGGGCUCCCUGUGGGGACCUGAGCCAUCACUAUUCCUGCUUCAGGUUGCACUGGUGCAUUUCACUAGCAUAGCUCUGGAAAACUGGCUGGGAAAUGAAUGCGUAAAUGAGCACAAGUAUUCUUUGGCUCAAAAUAGCCAGGCUUACUAAUGUUACUUUUAACUGUUCUUGUUUGGUGGUUGGAAUUGGUAUUUGCUCUUACCUCUUGGGUACAAUAGAGUUGUUUUAAAUUAAGGAAUAAAUAGUCUCUUGUUUAAAGAGCACGAAGCAUUUUCAUUUCAGCCCAGUUCUGCCUUUUAAAAAACUAAUUUGCACUACUUUUGGUGGCUGUGAACAGUAGCUUUUAAAGUAUUGAGCUGAGACAGGUUUUAAAAGACUUGCUUGAUCAUUUAGAACUCUCUCUUUGAGGUUAGACUCUAGUGUGGGAUGAUUCCCGGGUCUUUUGAUGGUGCUUGUGUGCCCAUCAUGAUGUUGCUGAGCAGAGGAGGAGGGCUGAGGGUCAGGUAUGUGUACUUCAUGUAUGCGUAGGCAGUGGUAGCCUGGAUUGGCACUGCUGUUGGCAUGAUGAUCUCCUCA